UAAUGCCUUUAUAACUGAAAAUGAGCUACAUAAAUUUCAUUUAUUCUGAGUCAUGGAGUUUCAAACUUUGGUAUUAACGUAUUUUAUAGUGGCUUUGUUUGUUGUUGUUGUUGAACCUGGGAAUGGUGCAGGUUUUGUUGAAAGAAAAGGCACUCAUUUUAUUCUAAAUGGGAAACCACAUUAUGUGAAUGGAUUCAAUUCUUAUUGGUUAAUGAACCUUGCAUCUGACCCAUCUACAAGAUCUAAGGUUACUUCAACUUUCCAACAAGCUUCUCUAAAUGGUUUAAAUCUAGGAAGAACAUGGGCUUUCAAUGAAGGAUUUCUUCAAACCUCUCCCGGUUCUUACGACGAAAAUGCCUUCAAGGGUUUGGAUUUUGUGAUAUCAGAGGCAAAAAAAUAUGGAGUGCAACUUAUACUAAGUUUGGUGAAUAAUUGGAAAGAGUUUGGAGGAAAAAUUAAAUAUGUUCAAUGGGCUAAAGAACGUGGCCAAAAUGUAAUAAAUGAUGAUGACUUUUUUUCCCAUCCUGUUGUUAAACAAUACUACAAAAAUCAUGUUAGGACAGUGCUGACAAGAAAGAACACAAUAAAUGGUAUUUUAUACAAAGAUGAUCAAACUAUAUUCGCAUGGGAGCUUAUGAAUGAACCUCGUUUAAAUAGCUCUGGAAAAUCAAUUCAGAAUUGGAUAAAUGAGAUGGCGAGUUAUGUGAAAUCCAUUGACAACAACCAUUUACUGGAAAUAGGACUUGAAGGGUUCUACGGUGAAACAAAGAAGCAGUUCAAUCCCGAUUCACUUUUAGUCGGAACCGAUUUUAUAUCCAACAAUCAGAUUCCUCAAAUUGAUUUUGCAACCAUUCACUUGUAUCCUGAGCAAUGGUUGAUAAACUCAAACGAGACAACCCAGAGUGCAUUUGUUGAGAAAUGGAUAGAAGUUCAUAUUCAGGAUGCAAAUACUGUUUUAGGAAAGCCAAUUAUUGUUUCAGAGUUUGGAAAGUCUUCAAAGUCAGCUGGAUAUAGCUUAGAUAAAAGGGAUGAUUACUAUAAGAAAAUAUAUAGUAUUAUAUCUGCAAGUGCUACUAGUGGAGGCUCUUGUGCAGGAGGGAUUUUCUGGCAACUUUUAUCUCAAGGAAUGGAUAGUUAUGGAGAUGGUUACGAAGUUAUUUUGGAGAAUAGUCCUUCAACUGCACAGAUCAUCAAACAGCAAUCUACUAAGAUGUCAAAUAUCACAAUGUAACAUAUCAUUAUAUCAUAGAAAAGAAUUAUCAAAAAUAUACUUUUUUUAGCAAUAAAUAUUCCACUCAUAGUUACUCUUGGUUGCCUUCCCAAAAAAAUUUAUAAGCAAAAGGAUUGAGUUAAAGGGAAUACAAGGGAUACUCAGUAGAUUAUUCCUGACGGAGUUCGCCUCCAAAACACCAUCUAUGACAAUCCAAGUGCAAAUAGAGUUCAAACACGCAUAGCUAUGGAGCAAGAGAAGAGCAGAUGAGGAAAGGAUCCCUAUUCUGGCCAAAGCGUCUCACUGUGAAUAGGAAUUAGUUUGUUCCUAGAAUAAGGGUUUGAUCCUAGAAUAAGCGUAUCAAAUGAGAACUUUGGUUAUUAUGAGAACUUUUAAUAAUGACCCUACGAUUUAAAAUCAAUGCUU